AUGAAGCUCAAAAAUCUGCUGGUGGCAACCGCCUUGGCCAGCCUCGCCAACGCUCAGACACCCGCCAUCGCAAUCAUCACAGUCGAAGCCUCACACGGCGGCGCAGGCAACGGACUUACAAACACGACCCUCUCCAUACCACUCUCCACACAAUACACCAACCCCGCUCUGAACACAGUCUCAACCCUCUAUCUCAUCGRCAGCAGUGGAGAUGUGGAUUUCCCCAGCAUAACCUGCUAUCCCUACCGCAAUGGAAAUCUUACCGGCAUGGGAGGCCUUCCCUUCACGARUGAAACACCGAGCAGAUUGUCGACAAAUACCGUGCGGGUGGGCUCGAUUAUGUGUAAUUCGACGGAUUUGACAGCUGGGAACGUUGCAAGCGUGACCAGUACUUUGAGUGCGACUACGACGGAACUCACGAGAGGUGGCGCAAGCGAUGUUCCGAAUCUCAAUUCUUUGACGCUGAUGACCAGCGUCACGACUUCGUCUUCAGGAAGCAGUGGAAUGGCAACUACUGUGCCUUCAUCAACCGGAGGUGCUACGCCGGAGACUAUGACUAGUGUGACGCUCGUCACGCAAUCGGACAAUGGACCUGUGACUUCCACUUUGACUUCCGCUGUGGGAGGCCCGUCUUCGAGUUCGCCAGCGGAUAUGAGUGAUGGGGUUGUUGUAGCCGGUGCUGCGGGAGAGAGAUGGGGAGUAGAGGCAUGGGGAGUGGCGGCGGUUGUAGCGGGAGUCGUGCUAGGUGCCAUUUAG